UUUUCGAGAGGUUCGAGCUAGUUCGCGUCGCCUGAUCGCGCGGUAUUAACAAGCAGUUAAAAAACGCAUAAAUUUGUUGAAUUGUGGCACAAAAUUAAUAAAAGUGUACAAUUAAAUGUUAACAAAAUCUAUUACAAAUUAACGCAGUACACAUUAAGCACAAAAGUGAUUAAAGUUACGAGUUAACUGCAAAGAAAAUGGCGGCGAAGCAAACAAAAUAAAAAAAAAACCAGCUACAACAACAACACAGUCACAACUACGUAAGCAGCGUAGCUUAAUAAACUCUUUUUCUCGGCUGCACAAAAAUUAAUCUGGUUUUAUGUUUUACUUUUAUGCGUCGCGCGCGCGCCACUUCUAUUUGUGUGUGUGUGUGUGUAUGUGGAAAAUGUCAUAAAUCGUGCAAACAACAACAAUAAUUGAUGCCCUGUUAAAGUUUAACAUUUGUUUACUUUUGUGUGUCAACUUUCGUCGUGGUUGUGGUUUAAUGUGAUUGCCACUACUUUGGUGUAUUCGGAAAUUAAAAAGCGUAAGCACUGGAAAAUAGCAUUUUCUACACAUUUUACAGGAGUUGCCGCAGCUAAUUUGGCCAGUGUGGCCAGCACAAAUAGAAGCGCGAAAUGCAUCGCCCACUGAAGCCGCACGCAUCCACGGCACAAGCUAAGAAGGUACAGCCGCCGACAAUACCUGGAGACGCACCGGUGUCGCCCUCAUCGCCCCUUGGCCAUCAUCAGCCACAGUUACCGCUCUAUAGGCUAAGCGGACCCUUGCGACAUCAUCAACAGCAUCAACAGCAACAACAACAUCAGCAGCAGCAGCAUCAUCAUCAACUGGACGAUGGCAUUUGUAGCAUGAGCGGAAGCAGCAUUGUCUCAUCGCCCUCGCUGGAGGAGGGCGGCUUCAAUUUGCCACGCGAGACGAGCGUUGCCCUGCGCAUGAAGGAUGAGGCAGCAACUGGAGCAACAACUGGAGGUGUCAGCUCUGGCAGCAAACCUCCAGCACAGACUCCACUCCCUCCCAGCAUUGUGGCCUGCCCACCGCCCGUAUUUUGUGCCACACUGCGUGAACCACUGACGCACAAGGCGGCGGUUUAUUAUCAUCAGCAGCUGGCACUGCAGGAGGAUCAGGGCAUUGAUCUAACACAAUCACCUGGACGCGAUUCGCCGGGCUCGUCAUCGGGUUCGGCCGGUUCGGGUUCACGUCAUAGCACGGCCAGCUUGGACUCGGGUCGUGCCUCCUCCUACUUGACAGGCGUAUCCUCGUCGGGAGCUUCUAUACGUGCCCCUCUCUCCUCGCCGCGCUGCAGCUCGGUCAGCUCCUGUUCCAUUGGCAGCGUCGAUCGGCAGCGCAAUGAUGAGCUAAUUAUUGACUGGCUGCUGGAGAUGAAGCAUGAGGAAUACGCACAACUCUUCAUUGCCGCCGGCUACGAUUUGCCAACGAUUGCGCGCAUGACGCCCGAGGAUCUCACCGCCAUUGGCAUCAAGAAUCCGCAUCAUCGUGAGCGCAUUAAACAGCGCAUCGACAAGCUGCAGGUGCUCGACAAUUUGCCACACUUUGUGCCGGGCUCUAUUGAGGAGUGGCUGCAGCUGUUGCGUCUGGAGGAAUACAUACAACCGCUGCUUGAGCAAAACUACAAAACGGUGCGCGAUGUCACCCAAGUGACUUGGGAGGAUCUCGAGGACAUUGGCAUUGUCAAGUUGGGACAUCAAAAGAAAAUUCUGUUGGCCAUCAAGCGGGUCAAAGACAUUAUCAGCGGCAAAUGGAAUCCGGGUGGUGCCAAUGCCUAUCAGCAGCAGGAGUACCAACGGAAGCCUUGGCAAUUCAAUGUGCCCAUACCAAGUACGCCAUCUUAUGUGCCAACGACACGCGUCUCCUGGGACGACACCAAGAUCUAUGCGACGAGCAAUGUGAAUACGUUGGCCAAUGGCCACAGCGGUGGUCUCAGUGCCGCCAGUGGGGGGGAUGCCUAUUAUUGCACGGGCAGCAAUCACGAGUGUUGCAACGGCAACGAUGUGGUGCUCAUUAAGGUGCGUCAACCGCGCGGUAAGAGCCUGGAAUCGCUGGAGGAUAUACAAGACAACAGCACGCGCAGCCAUUUGACCUUUAGCCAUUACACGACCACUGACUAUGGACACUUUGGGCCGCCAACAACAGCGGCCGCAGCAGCAGCAAUGGCAGCAGCAGCCACUCUUCAACAGCAGCAACAUCAUCAGCUGCUCCAACAGCAGCAGCAGCAACAUCAACAGGCGGCAGCAGCCCGUCUGCUUGGCAACAAUGCUGCGGCCAUUGGCUGGCGUCGUUCCUAUGAUGAUGGCGACAUUACACCCACCAAUGAUGCCACACGCGAGCUGCUCUACGAGGAGGGUGGCGGCACCUUGCCACGCCAGCAACGAGGCAUACUCCAGCGAGCCGUGCUGAAUACGAUGCCGCCACUGGAGCAUCAUCACUACAUGAAUGCGGCAGCAGCGGCUGAGUAUGUGACAGCCGGUGGUGCUGAUGGCGCAACAGCCUACUUAAGCGGCAGUCCAUUGGCGGGCAAGAAGAUAGCGCCAGAGCCACCGCGUCGUCACUGCAGCAUACGUAACUCGCGUCAGUUGAGCGUGGAGGCAACUGCUCAGGGCGCAGUCGGAGCAACCAAUCAACAGCAGCAAGCACAGCAGCAAUCACAGCACAUGUUCUAUGGCCACACGGCGCAGCAUUGGCAGCAACAGCAAGGAGUCAACUCACAGCAGCAGCAGCAGCACCAGCCCAUCUAUGCCAACUAUGCGACUAUACAGCAGACAACGGCCGAGAUUCACUGCGAGAAGUAUCAUGACAAUAAGUCAAAUUCCAGCAUCGAUUCGAUUGACACGAUACCGUUUGCCAAUGAGAACACCGGCACCAUUAAGCAGCGUCUGCUCAAUCGCCAGGAGCUGCAAUCUGGCAGCGGCGGUAAUGGUGCAGCAGCGGGAUCAGCAGCUGGACAUCAUGCGGCCGGCACGCAUUUGCAUUCCUCCAGCUCCAGUUCCAGUUCGUCAUCGACAAACACAAUUGCCAACAUAGCGCAUUCAUUUCACUCGCUGAAAUCUUCCAGUUCGCUUCAUGAUGCAACUCUCGCUCGCAGCGACAGCAUGAACAGCACAGCGAGUGCCGGCAGCAGCGCUUUGCAUUUGCGUUCGCCCACCUUGGAUGUGGCCAGUAGUGUUGUUGGUGGUGGUGGUAACGAGCCAGCAGCAUCGCCUGAAGCGGCGACGGUUGCUGCGCCAAUAGUGGUUAAUACAGUGCCACCUAAAGUAUCGGUCAAUGUGCUCAACGAUAUUGGCAACAUGUUGGCAAAUUUAACUGAUGAGCUGGACGCCAUGCUCGAGGAGGAGAAGCGUGUCGGUCUCAACAUUGACAGCGAGUAGUCUACUCACAGCAACCACAACAACUGCAACACCAAGAACAAUCCGAAAGCAAAGUUUCCUUAAGGUGAACACUCCCAACUCCUCGUCACCAACUAACUGAUGAACGAGAGCAACCACGUAGUGUAGCUGAAUUUUUUGUAUUUUGUAAUUUGUAAUUUUCAGCCAUCGUCAAAUUUGAGUUUUGUUUUUCUAUGUUUACUUCUUGUGUAUGUAUGUAUUUUAAUUUUUUUAAGAACAAUGUUUUCAGCAUGAAACAUUCUUUCAAUGUUUUCUAUAACUUUGGUAGUAUCAAAACUUAACAAUUAAAUACUGCAUUUAAUUAAUCUAUAUAAAUUAUUUAUCUAACAAUUGUGUAAUUUAUUAGACAUUCCAAAAUUAAUUACUAUUACUUGAUACUACCUGGGUCUUAGUUGAUUAAAUUAUUUUUGAUAAUAAUGACGUGGCCAGUUUUAUUUAAUUAUUAUUACUAUGUUUUGUUUAUACAACAUUUAUGUGUGUAUAAUAUAUGUAACUUGAAAACUACGACAGAAAAGCUUUUGAAAAACGUAUACUUUUGUACUUUCCCUAAAAAAAAACAGAACAGAAAACCGAAACAGAAUAGAAAGAAUAAUAAAAAAAAGGUAUCUAAGCAAAUUAUGAAAAUUAAGCGCAAAUUGCAUAUAUGCAACAAUUGCAUAGUAAAUAUAUAGCAUAAAAUAUAUAUAUGUAUACAUAUAAUAAAUAUUUAAACAACAAAAUCAUUUAUAUGGCAAGUAUUUAGUGGUUUGAUACUAUAUUAAAAUGGCAAAAGAGAAGAAACAAACAUUUAAAAACAUAAAAUAAAAAAGCACACAAUCAAGAAACAGCAACACAAAAGAAAAGCAACAAAACUACUUACUAGUAAACAUCUCUACUACAUGAGCUACAAAUGCAUUUGUCAAGUUUUUAGUUAUUAAACAAUUGUAUUUUAUUUUCAAAUCGAAUCAAACUACAAAUUCAGUUGUUUAAGUUAACAUUUGUAUUUCAUAUAUAUAUUUUAAAUAUGUAUACAAAUUGAUACAAUACAAAAGAAAACAAGAUCUAUAUGAAUGAAUGUAUAAUUAAGUGUUAUUCCAUAUAAACUAUAAAAAUUCAUUAUAUUAAAUAUAAAAAUUAUAUUAAAUAUAUAUAUAUAAAUAUAUUAGCAUUAUAUUAAGCAAGCAAAUACGGGCAUCAAUGCUAAAUAACGUAUAGAAAUUCCGUGGUAUACACUUCUUUUGCCUUUCUUUAUAAUUUACUUAAAUAAAAAUUUUUUAGUAAAAAAAUAUAUUUGUAUUUGAUUUUCUAUUAUAAUUUUCAGUUAAAAAGCGAAUUUUUUGCGCUAAGUUAAUUUGUUUUGAUGCGCAUAUCAUUAGAAAAUGAAAUUCGAAAUUAAAAUAUACAUAUAUGUAUACAUAUAUGCAUAUACAUUACAAAUAUAUCAACAAAAGCAAAACAAAUCACACAAUAUGUAAAGCACAUAAUGGACAAAAACAAAAUGAUCAAAACAGUAACAACAAA